GUGUUUUUUAUUUUUCACGUAGGUUCUUGAUCUACUCCGUUUUGAAUAGUUUCAGCAGAGUACAAUGUGACACGUCUCUGUUUUUAUCUCGAUAUACAUACCUACACAAUACACGAAACGUCAAGAAAACAUGGCGCUCGCCUGGAACGACUCAAAAAAGCAUAGUGAUAGAGAAAGAUGGGUCUGCAUCUACCCAAUCUACCUAAACAGCAAAAAAACCCGUGCAGAAGGUAGAAAGCUCACGAAAUCAAAAUGCAUUGAAAAUCCAACCCACCAAGAGAUUCGUGAUGUUCUCACAGCAGCAGGUCUCAACGUUGGUGUUGAGAACAAACUCCACCCAAGGGAACGUAGCAAAGAGCUCUUGUUCAGAGGACGUAUCCGUGUCCAGCUGAAGGAUGACGAUGGUAAGCCAAUGAAGCCAGAGUUCCCGACCAGGGAUUCCCUCCUGCUCUACUUGGGUAAUACAAUCCCCAACUUGAAGACGAGACAGGGAAAGCAAAAUUCUGCUGAGCAGACCACUCACCAGCCAUCAACCUACUCCUCGAAGAAGGCUAAAGGAAAGGGCAGGAGAUGAGAUAUCUAUGAAAAGAAUUGUAUCAAGAGAACUCAACUGUCCUUCCUGUUUCAUCGGUGGUAAAUAGAGAGGAGAUAUUAUAAUAAUAUAAAUUUAUAAAGCAUCUCUUGGAUUUAUGUAUUAAAGUAUCGCGGAAAUCCACUCUUUUUUUUUAAUUCAACUGGAGAGGGUAGGAAAAAAAACACAGUUGCAACAUUUCUCUUUCACAAUUCAUUCAAUUAAAUGAUACAAAAUACACAACAGUUAUCAUGAAAAUAAUAUCAAAAUGAUCAUAUUAAAAAAAUACAAAAAUCAUAUUAAUUGUUACAAGUUCAA